UCAAGUGAUCCACCCACCUCAGCCUCCCAAAGUGCUGGGAUUACAGGCAUGAGCCACUGCGCCCGGCCACAUGUAGUUUAUUAAUGUGUCCUGCCCCAGCUAGUGGGAAAUGGCGGUAAAGCAGGUAUUGUAAAACUUUGGCAACCUGGAGGUUCAUUCUGCUUUUUCUGAGACCUUAUAUUAUCUUGUUACAGGAACAUGACGUAGAAACAACUCAUGGUAUGGUCCACAUCACUAUGAGAGGCUUACCCAAAGGAAACGGACCAGUUAUACUAACGUAUCAUGACAUUGGCCUCAACCAUAAAUCCUGUUUCAAUGCAUUCUUUAACUUUGAGGAUAUGCACAGUAUCACCCAGUACUUUGCUGUCUGUCAUGUGGAUGCUCCAGGCCAGCAGGAAGGUGCACCCUCUUUCCCAAAAAGGUAUCAGUACCCUACAAUGGAUGAGCUGGCCGAAAUGCUGCCUCCUGUUCUUACCCACCUAAGCCUGAAAAGCAUCGUUGGAAUUGGAGUUGGAGCUGGAGCUUACAUCCUCAGCAGAUUUGCACUCAACCAUCCAGAGCUUGUGGAAGGCCUUGUGCUCAUUAAUGUUGACCCUUGCGCGAAAGGCUGGAUUGACUGGGUAGCUUCCAAACUCUCUGGCCUGACAACCAAUAUUGUGGACAUUAUUUUGGCUCAUCACUUUGGGCCGGAAGAGUUACGGGCCAACCAGGACCUGAUCCAAACCUACAGAAAGCAUAUUGCCCAAGACAUCAACCAACACAACCUGCGGCUCUUCUUGAAUUCCUACAAUGGACGCAGAGACCUGAAGAUUAAAAGACCCAAACUGGGCCAAAAUGAUAACAAAUCAACAACAUUAAGGUGUUCUGCGUUACUGGUGGUAGGGGACUAUUCGCCUGCAGUUGAGGCUGUGGUCAAAUGCAAUUCCCGCCUGAACCCUGUAGUUACAACUUUGCUAAAGAUGGCAGACUGUGGGGGACUGCCCCAGGUAGUUCAGCCUGGGAAGCUCACCGAGGCCUUCAAGUACUUUUUGCAGGGAAUGGGCUACAGUGAGUAGUAUACAACUUUCUAUCUAGCAACAAUUUAGGAUUAUUGGGGGCCAGUUUCACAUCUGGGAGCCCACAAUUCCCGAGAUAUAACCUCUGUGGCAGCUAGCCUUAAGCGAAGUAGAAACUGAAAUGGUUAUGGAACAUUGAUUUGUCCAUAUUUAUGAGAAGCUAACACUCAGCACUUACUUUUUUCAGGCACUAUAUAUUCUUUUGUAUUUUUUUUGUUUUUUUUU